CAUUGUUGAAAUACAGUAGUUAGUCAUGAUAAUGGAAGUGGAGCUUGUUAUGACAUUUUGGGCUGCCCCAAUGCUGUGAAGCAAUCAUAUAAAGAUGUGAAGCAUAUGAAAAUGUAUGUUGGCUAAAUGAAGAGUCAGUCAGACGGGUUGUGGAAUAGUAAAGUACAAUAAUAUCUUUUUGUGUUUCUGAAGGAUCUCCUAACAGCAAAGGACUCAAAGCAGUUUGCAUUCAGCUAAACAGAAUGACUGAAAAUCAGCCGGUGGUUUUCCCUUCCGAAGCCAGAGAGAAUCCCGGCCAGAGUAAAGUCCGGAGGGAAAGUGACUGUUGGAUCGAGCGAGGAGGGUGGAGAACAGCAGGGAGGACUGAUGUCGGGGAUGUGAUUGCCAGUAAAGGGAAGAAAAAGGGCUUGAAGAGCGAUGUAACAGUGUCUUCUCUGGAGGCUCUGAAACAGCAGAUCAAGACCUUGGAAACCCAAAGAGAAGAGGUACUUGGAGUGAAUAAACAGUGGGAUGAACAUGUCAAAAUGAUGAAGCAAAUUUUUGAACAAAAGGUUAUGGAAAUGCAGAAGAGUUUAACAACUUUGCAGAAGGAUAACAGCCACCUAAAGGAAGGAAUGGAGCAGAAGCAGCGGGAGUUUGACAAGAAACUCAUACUGGCAAAGCAAAGGAUUGAAAAACAAAUGGAAGAAAAUGAAAAUAUGUGUGCAGCAUUAAAAGAAGUUACAAGACAGAAUCAGUGCCUACAUGAACAAAAUGCACACUUAAGAAGGAAGAAGGAACAGCAAGAAUGUGAAAUAAGACGACUUAAUAAUGUUCUGGAAGGAGCAAUGCAAACUUCAGAUAAUGAGGAGAUGAGGACAAAAAUUGAAGUUCUCAGACACCAGGUUCAGAUUUAUGAAGAAGAUUUCAAGAAGGAAAGAAACGACAGAGAAACCCUGAAUGAUAAAAAGGAACAACUUGAGUCAGAGAUUCAUAUGUUAAAAUCUCAGUUAAAAAUGUUUAAUAAAACCAACAGACACAAGGAACUAAAAAACUGUGAGGAUAAUGGCUUUCAUUUUACAGAGGUCAAUGCAUCUUCACCUCCCCAGCAUUGCUGCUGCCAUCGUCCAACAUUUGUAAGCAGCACUAAAACAUGCACAGUGUCAUCUAACCUCACAGAUUUUAGAAGUUCAAACAAACAUCAAGGCUGUCACCAAGUAAAUAAACACUUGCCAAAUUAUCAGUGGCCAACUUCAUCCUCUAACCAACUUCCUCCAGAUGUCCGACAUAUCCUGUCUAAGCACAAAACUGGCGGCACUUUUGAAAAUGAUACUCAAUAGGCAAAGGAAAAAUGGAGUCUGCCUGUCAUAUAAUAAAUAUGAACUAACUGAAGAGUAAACCUUUGGCAAUGCUUUGGCGAUUUCAAAGAGUGUAUGGAUCUAAAUACAUUGUAUUUUUUUUAAUUAAAGUAUUAAAAAAUG